GUGAUCGGCUUACACAUGCUCCCGAAUGGAUUCCCUAAGCUUUGUAACGCCGUGGCUAUAUAUAUAAAAACCCCUCGCGCUGUGGAAACUGAGCCACACAGCCAGCUGGACAAGCAGCCAGGCUCAUAUUCUUGGUCAGCGCUCCAUCAGGAAUCAAGAAAGAGUUCUCCCAGGUUCAAAAGAGCUGGAAGACCGGGUCAACGAAGAAGAACAGACAAGUUUUCAACCAUGGCUGUCUCCUUAGAACAAGCGGAAGAGUUACGUCUCUACCAGCAAACACUUCUUCAAGAUGGUCUCAAGGACUUGCUGGACCACAACAAGUUCUUGGAUUGUGUCCUGAAGGUGAAAGGGAAGGAGUUUCCAUGUCACCGCUUGGUCCUGGCAGCUUGCAGUCCUUACUUCAGGGCCAUGUUCCUCUCGGAUAUGGAAGAGAGCAAGAAAAGGGAGAUCAGCCUUGAAGAUGUGGAUCCAGAAGUCAUGGGCAAGAUCCUCCAUUACAUCUACACCUCAGAACUGGAGCUCACUGAGCAGAACGUUCAGGAUAUCUUCUCCGUGGCCAACAUGUUCCAGAUCCCUUCCAUUUUCACCGUCUGUGUCUCUUUCCUUCAGAAGCGGCUCUGCCUCAGCAACUGCUUGGCCAUUUUCAGGCUGGGUUUGAUGUUGGACUGUGCCCGCUUGGCAGUUGCUGCCCGGGAUUUCAUCUGUGACCGCUUUGCCUUGAUUUCCCGGGAUGAGGAAUUUUUCCAGCUCUCCCCCGAUGAACUCAUUGCCAUCAUCUCCAGUGAUUCCCUGAAUAUCGAGAAGGAAGAGUCCGUCUUUGAGGUAGUGAUGAAGUGGGCCACAACCAAAGACCGGGAGAGCCGAGCAAAGGCCCUGCCAGUGGUCUUCGAUAGCAUCCGUUUCCGCCUCAUGGAGAAGGAUUACUUCAAGGAUCACGUGGAGAAGCACCCUCUGGUCAAGUCCAGUCCAGAACUUCUCAAGAAGUUGCAGAUGGUGAAGGACUCCCAUGAAGGGAAAUUUGCAGUAGUGAAAAGAGUGAAGAAAAAAGGGGAGAAGAAGGCUGGGGACAAUGUCAUCAAUGGAGGAGUAGAGGAAGACGGUGUUGAGAAGGAGGAGGAGGAAGCAGAGGAAGGUCUCCCAGGGAUCUUGAAUGACACCAUGAGGUUUGGGAUGUUUCUUCAAGAUCUCAUUUUCAUGGUCAGUGACUCGGGGGCAGUGGCCUAUGACCCCUCGGCCAAUGAGUGCUUUUACGCCUCACUUUCCGCCCAGAUCCCAAAGAACCACGUCAGCCUGGUCACCCGCGAGAACCAGGUCUUCAUAGCAGGGGGACUUUACUACAAUGAGGACAAUAAAGAAGAUCCAAUGAACUCCUAUUUCUUGCAGUAUGACCACCUGGAUUCAGACUGGCUCGGGAUGCCGCCUCUUCCAUCUCCGCGUUGUCUCUUUGGCCUCGGCGAAGCAGAAAACUCAAUAUUUGUGGUGGGAGGAAAGGAGCUGAAGGAAGGCGAGCAAACACUGGAUUCAGUCAUGUGCUACGACCGACUAUCCUUCAAAUGGGGAGAAUCGGACUCCCUUCCUUACCCGGUCUAUGGCCAUGGUAUGGUGUCCCACAAUGAUCUUAUCUACGUCAUAGGAGGCAAAGGAACGGAUAAAAAGUGCCUCAACACCCUGCUGGUCUACGACCCAAAGAAGUUUGAGUGGAAGGAGUUAGCGCCUAUGACAACUGCCCGUUCACUCUUUGGGGCCACCAUCCACAAUGGCAAGAUCUACGUAGCUGCAGGAGUGACCGACUCGGGGUUGACCAAUGCGGUGGAAGUGUAUGAUAUUUCAGCAGACAAAUGGGAAGGCUUCACCGAAUUCCCCCAGGAGCGCAGUUCUGUCAGCCUGGUGAGCCUGUCUGGGACCCUCUUCCUCAUCGGAGGCUUUGCCACAGUGGAGACAGAGUCCGGAGAACUGGUUCCAACAGAGCUCAAUGACGUCUGGAGGUACGACGAGGAAGGGAAGAAGUGGGAAGGCGUGCUCCGAGAGAUCCAGUUUGCAUCAGGCGCUACGUUUCUCCCAGUGCGGCUCAAUGUUUUGAGACUAACCAAGAUGUGAUCCUGUCGGGACGUCCGUCUUCUGCUCCUCUUCUCCCAAAAUACUCCCCUUCACUUACUUUUGUAUGUCUGCGUUCAAACAUUUCAUGGUGCCAUGCCAUUUCUUUUGUUAGAUAAAACCAGAAAACGAUACUA